UGCUGCGGCGGAAGAAUCUUUUCUGGCUGAAAAAUAGUGCUGCGCGGAGGGAUCUGGGACGCGCGCGUCCUCAGCUGAUUGCCGAGAAGGAGCUGGAGAGAAUCGGCGAUAUUAGGGGGAGCGCUGCGGAGACAGAGGAGCCGCUGGUGGCGCGGCAGGGGACGCUGUUACGCGAACUACAACUCCCAGCAGGCCUUGCUACGGUGUCGCCGCUGUGAGAUCCCUGUGUGAAUCCUAUGCGGAGAGGGAGCUCUCGUGAAGUAGUGAAUGGUAGUGUCUGGAAAGGGUAUGUCCCUUCAGGAGAGAGGUGCCAAUGUCCAGCCGGCCUAAUAGCAAUCCAGGGGGGUCACUGCGACGUUCACAGAGGAACACUGCUGGGGCCCAGCCGCAAGAGGACACUGCAGGAGGAAGAUCCAAUUUAGAACAGGCAGAGAAACAGACCCAUAGCCUUCCUGAGAGCAGAAAAUCUCAUUGUAAGACCCCCAAAGUGCAGUCUAAUACAACCUCUGGCCCGUCCAAAGGACACAGCUCUAAAAGGGGCUAUAACUCUUCUAAUUUAUUACCAAAUCCAGAGGAUACCGAGCAAAUAAACACCUCAGAGAUUCAAAGACCCAAGAAAGACAACCCCCGUGGUGUAAAACGCAGUGCUAGUCCAGAUCGCAGUCGGACCAACUCUCCCAGCUCUGCUAAAAAGUCCAAAGCCAUUCAGCACGCUGAGUCCUCCGCUACGAGGCGACCAAAUAAUAAAGCCAAGAAGAGACAGGGCAGCCAAGAGCAGCCGGUUCCUUCUGCAUCAUUGCCAUCAACAAGCAAAGCCCACGGCAGGAAGGGUGGAUCCCAAGGCACAUCCCCAUUACCUAAAAGAAAAAGGAAAGAACUCUCAUCUUGUGUAAAAAGCAGUACCACGGCCGUUGUAUCGACCUGUGAAGAAGAAAGACCUCCAAAACUAACCAAGCUGGCUUCAAAACCGGCCACCUCAGCCAAAGCUGGGUGUAGCAACAUCACAGAUUCAUCUUCUUCUGCUUCAACAUCUUCCUCCUCUUCUGCUGUUGCCUCUGUCUCUGCAGCACCUCCAGGAGCCCGUGUAAAGCAAGGAAAGGACCAGAACAAGGCAAGACGUUCCCGGUCUGCUUCCAGCCCCAGUCCUCGGAGAAGCAGUCGGGAGAAAGAGCAGACUAAAACCAGUGGCUCCUCUAAAUUUGAUUGGGCAGCUCGUUUUAGCCCAAAGGUCAGUCUCCCAAAAACAAAGCUCUCUCUACCAGGCUCUUCCAAGGCUGAGACAUCGAAACCUGGACCCUCUGGAUUGCAGGCAAAACUAGCAAACUUAAGAAAAUCUACUAAGAAGCGCAGUGAGUCGCCACCCGCUGAGCUCCCCAGCCUGCGGCGGAGCACACGCCAAAAGACCACGGGCUCCUGUGCUAGCACCAGUCGGCGAGGCUCUGGCCUUGGCAAGCGAGCAGCGGCUGAAGCUCGCCGACAGGAGAAGAUGGCCGAUCCUGAUAACCAGGAAGGGGCAAAUUCUUCAGCUGCUCGUACAGAUGAGACUGCACAGGGUGCAGCAGCUUCUAGCUCUGUAGCAGGUGCAGUUGGGAUGACUACCUCUGGGGAGAGUGAGAGCGAUGACUCUGAAAUGGGACGUCUUCAAGCUCUUCUGGAGGCCCGAGGUCUUCCUCCCCACCUCUUUGGACCCCUUGGACCUAGGAUGUCCCAGCUCUUCCAUCGGACUAUUGGAAGUGGGGCUAGCUCCAAGGCACAGCAACUGCUGCAGGGUCUCCAAGCAACAGAUGAGAGCCAGCAGCUCCAGGCAGUCAUUGAGAUGUGCCAGUUACUGGUGAUGGGAAAUGAAGAGACGUUGGGUGGGUUCCCAGUGAAAAGUGUUGUCCCAGCACUGAUAACACUGCUGCAGAUGGAGCACAAUUUUGAUAUUAUGAACCAUGCAUGUCGAGCCUUAACCUACAUGAUGGAAGCACUUCCUCGCUCCUCGGCAGUAGUUGUUGAUGCCAUCCCUGUGUUUUUGGAGAAGUUGCAAGUCAUUCAGUGCAUUGAUGUGGCUGAACAGGCUCUCACUGCCCUUGAAAUGUUAUCACGGAGGCACAGCAAAGCAAUUUUGCAGGCUGGAGGACUUGCCGAUUGCCUCUUGUACCUGGAAUUCUUCAGCAUCAACGCACAGAGGAAUGCUUUAGCCAUAGCAGCUAACUGUUGCCAGAGUAUCAGCCCAGACGAGUUUCACUUUGUUGCAGAUUCUUUACCAUUGCUAACCCAGAGGUUAACACAUCAGGAUAAGAAAUCUGUGGAGAGCACUUGCCUCUGUUUCGCACGAUUGGUAGACAACUUUCAGCAUGAAGAGAACCUACUGCAACAAGUGGCUUCUCGGGACCUGCUUACCAACAUUCAGCAGCUUCUUGUCGUGACACCCCCCAUUCUGAGCUCUGGCAUGUUUAUUAUGGUGGUCCGCAUGUUCUCUUUAAUGUGUUCCAACUGCCCCACGCUGGCCGUGCAGCUCAUGAAGCAGAACAUUGCUGAGACUCUGCACUUCCUCCUUUGUGGGGCUUCAAAUGGUAGUUGCCUGGAGCAAAUUGACCUGGUCCCAAGAAGUCCUCAGGAGCUAUAUGAACUGACCUCACUUAUAUGUGAGCUGAUGCCUUGCUUACCAAAAGAAGGAAUAUUUGCUGUUGAUACAAUGAUAAAGAAGGGCAAUGCCCAAAACACAGAUGGAGCGAUAUGGCAAUGGAGGGAUGACCGUGGACUCUGGCACCCAUACAGCAGGAUCGACAGCAGGAUCAUCGAGGCAGCCCAUCAGGUUGGUGAGGAUGAGAUAAGUUUGUCUACACUGGGGCGUGUUUAUACUAUUGAUUUUAAUUCUAUGCAGCAAAUCAACGAGGAUACCGGAACUGCACGCGCCAUUCAAAGAAAGCCUAACCCUGUAGCCAAUGCUAACACUACUGGACAUUCUGAGCUUAAAAGAGAUGACGCCAGAGCACAGCUGAUGAAAGAGGACCCUGAGCUGGCUAAGUCUUUCAUUAAGACCUUGUUUGGAGUGCUUUAUGAAGUGUACAGCUCUUCUGCAGGACCUGCUGUUAGACACAAGUGCCUUAGAGCAAUCCUUAGGAUCAUUUACUUUGCAGAUGCUGAGCUUCUGAAAGAUGUUCUAAAGAACCAUGCAGUAUCCAGUCAUAUUGCAUCCAUGCUGUCAAGUCAAGACCUCAAAAUCGUAGUGGGAGCUCUUCAGAUGGCUGAAAUCUUAAUGCAGAAGCUGCCUGAUAUUUUUAGUGUGUACUUCAGAAGGGAAGGUGUCAUGCACCAGGUUAAAAAUUUGGCUGAAUCAGAAGCGCUUCUUACGAGCCCACCAAAAGUUUGCACAAACGGCUCUGGAUCUCUAGGGAGCACAACAACCAUAAGCACCGGAAGUGGCACUGCAUCUGGGAAUAGUGCUGCUGAUUUGGGUUCCCCAAGCCUGCAGCAUCGGGAAGACUCUCUGGAUCUUAGCCCACCAGGCCGACUAAGUGAUGUCCUGAAGAGGAAGCGGCUGCCGAAACGUGGGCCAAGGAGACCAAAGUAUUCCCCGCCUAGGGAUGAAGACAAAGUUGACAAUCAAGCUAAAAGCCCUACGACAACACAGUCUCCCAAAUCUUCAUUCCUAGCCAGCCUAAACCCUAAAACCUGGGGCAGAUUAAGCACUCAGUCAAACAGCAACAACAUCGAGCCAGCAAGGACAGCAGGUGUCAGCGGAUUGGCCAGGGCAGCUUCCAAGGAUACGAUUUCUAACAACAGAGAAAGAAUACGUGGCUGGAUUAAAGAGCAAGCUCACAAAUUUGUGGAUAGAUAUUUCAGCUCAGAGAACAUGGACGGCAGUAAUCCUGCUCUUAAUGUGCUGCAGCGACUCUGCAAUGCCACAGAACAGCUCAACCUCCAGGUGGACGGAGGAGUUGAGUGCCUUGUGGAAAUCCGUAGCAUUGUCUCCGAGUCAGACGUCUCUUCUUUUGAAAUCCAGCACAGCGGGUUUGUGAAACAGCUGCUAUUGUACAUGACUUCCAAGAGUGAUAAAGACAUAGUGAACCGUGAUAUAAGACUUAAACGAUUUCUUCAUGUUUUCUUCGGCGCCCCUCUCCCUGGAGAGGAACCACUUGCAAAACUGGAUCCAACAGAAAAUAGGCACUUGUUAGCACUGGUCCAUAAGAUGAACAAUUGCCUUAGUCAGAUGGAACAGUUUCCAGUCAAAGUGCAUGAUUUCCCUAGUGGUAAUGGGACAGGAAGCCGAGGAUCACAAGCUUUAAAGUUUUUCAACACUCACCAGCUGAAGUGUCAGCUUCAGAGGCACCCGGAUUGCACUAAUGUAAAGCAGUGGAAGGGCGGUCCUGUUAAAAUAGAUCCAUUAGCCCUUGUACAAGCAAUUGAAAGAUACCUAGUUGUUAGAGGUUAUGGAAGAGUUAGAGAAGAUGAUGAAGAUAGUGAUGAUGAUGGCUCUGAUGAAGAGAUAGAUGAAUCUUUGGCUGCCCAGUUCUUGAAUUCAGGAAAUGUACGGCACAGGUUGCAGUUUUACAUUGGGGAUCACCUUCUUCCCUACAACAUGACUGUGUACCAAGCAGUGCGGCAGUAUAGCAUACAGACAGAAGAAGAACGUGAAUCUACAGAUGAUGAAAGUAAUCCUCUAGGAAGAGCUGGUAUUUGGACCAAGACCCAUACUAUUUGGUACAAACCUGUAAGAGAAGAAGAAGAAAGUGUGAAGGAUACAGUAGGGGGAAAGCGAGGACGUGCCCAAACGGCACCCACCAAAACCUCUCCAAGGAACUCGAAGAAACAUGAUGAAUUGUGGCAUGGUAAGGAUGGUGUAUGCCCCAGAAUUUUUAACCCUUUAGAAGCGUACCUCCUCUCUGGGCCACCUGAAAAUAUUACCUUUGAUGACCCAUCUCUGGAUGUGGUGAUCCUUCUGCGGGUUCUCCAUGCCGUCAGCCGAUACUGGUAUUACUUGUACGGUAAUGCUGUCUGCAAAGAAAUUAUUCCUACAUCAGAGUUUAUUAACAGCAAGCUAGCUGCAAAGGCGAACAGGCAGCUACAGGAUCCUCUGGUUAUCAUGACUGGAAACAUCCCAACCUGGUUAACAGAGCUUGGGAAAAGCUGUCCAUUCUUUUUUCCGUUUGAUACUCGGCAAAUGUUGUUUUACGUAACGGCGUUUGACCGAGAUCGGGCUAUGCAGAGACUGCUGGACACCAACCCAGAGAUCAACCAGUCAGACUCUCAGGACAGCAGAGUAGCACCAAGGCUGGAUAGAAAAAAACGCACUGUGAAUAGAGAAGACCUUCUGAAGCAGGCAGAGUCUGUGAUGCAAGACUUAGGGAGCUCACGGGCCAUGCUGGAGAUUCAGUAUGAAAAUGAAGUUGGGACAGGACUGGGACCUACUCUGGAGUUUUAUGCACUUGUAUCUCAGGAAUUACAAAGAGCUGACCUCAGCCUUUGGAGGGGGGAAGAAGCAACACUCUCUAAUCCAAAAGGAAGCCAAGAAGGGGCCAAGUACAUUCAUAACCUGCAAGGACUAUUUGCUCUUCCUUUUGGAAGAACGGCAAAGCCAGCACACAUUGCCAAGGUUAAGAUGAAAUUCAGGUUCCUUGGCAAACUUAUGGCAAAAGCCAUCAUGGACUUCAGACUGGUCGACAUUCCUCUUGGUCUCCCAUUUUACAAGUGGAUGUUAAGGCAGGAAUCCUCCUUGGCCACCCAUGACCUGGUUAAUAUUGAUCCGGUGGUGGCCAAGUCAGUUUAUCACUUGGAGGACAUUGUAAGACAAAAGAAAAGGCUGGAACAGGAUAAAGCACAGACCAAAGAGAGUCUGCAGUUUGCACUUGAAAGCUUGAAUAUGAAUGGCUGCUCUGUGGAAGAUCUGGGGCUGGACUUUACUUUACCAGGGUUUCCCAACAUUGAACUUAAGAAAGGGGGAAAGGAUGUUCCCGUUACCAUUCACAAUCUGGAGGACUAUGUUCGGCUUGUCAUCUAUUGGGCGCUAAAUGAAGGCGUGUCCAGACAACUUGACUCGUUUAGAGAUGGCUUUGAAUCUGUUUUCCCUCUUAACCACCUACAGUAUUUCUAUCCAGAGGAGCUGGAUCAGCUUUUGUGUGGAAGUAGAGCUGACCCUUGGGAUGUGAAAACACUGAUGGAGUGCUGUAGACCAGACCAUGGAUACACACAUGACAGCCGGGCUGUGAAAUUCCUUUUUGAAAUCCUUAGCAGUUUUGAUAAGGAACAACAGAGACUUUUCCUCCAGUUUGUCACUGGAAGCCCCAGACUACCAGUUGGAGGUUUUCGGAGUCUGAACCCUCCUUUGACAAUAGUCCGGAAGACUUUUGAAGCCACAGAAAACCCAGAUGAUUUCCUUCCUUCAGUUAUGACUUGUGUGAACUACCUUAAAUUGCCAGAUUAUUCUAGCAUUGACGUUAUGCGUGAGAAACUGUUAAUGGCUGCACGCGAAGGACAACAGUCAUUCCACCUUUCCUGAUCCUGAAGGACUUUUUACGGAGCCCCCUUGAUGGAUUAGUAAAAUCAUGAUUUCUUUUCUAAAUGUAUCACAGAGUCAAGGCCACAUAUUUUGCCUUGUUGUAAAGAACCCGGCUCAGACAGUUGCAAUUGUUUUCAGACACACUCAAAAUGCAGAGACACACUAGAUCCAUUAAGCUGCCCCUGGACAUCUAAGAUUGAUCAGGCUCAAAAGAUUUGUGACAUGUUUGUUUAAAACCUUUUUUUUGCUUAAAUUAUCCUUUAUUUGAAGAGUGAAGUUUUAAAUUGCUUUUGCCGUGCGACUUUAAAAGCGGAGGGAUCACAAAACUUACUCAAAAAAACAUAAAAAAUGGUAAUGUUUUGAAGCUGGUACCUUAGAUACUGCCGUGCGGUUAAAAAUAGCCGGUCUGUGUGUAUCCAUAUGGCUCCCUUCCAGAUUCAGAAGUGGAAAGAAACUCCAAUAUGACAUAGUUCUGUGGGCAGUCACUUCACAGCUUUUUCCCAUUCUGAUAUUGGAAAUGUGCAAUUUAGUUUCCUGGGUCGCUCAGACUGAUGUCGAGCCCUUUAUUUAUAAGCCUUUGGGGCAGGAGAAUGGCAGUUAUUUGGCCACAUUCUCAAAUGUUUCCCUCAUUUCUUUGUACCAGCCUUUUUACUUCAUCGUUUACACACAAUAUAAAAAGCAGAGUGGUGUUUUUUUUCCCUUCAAAAAUGUAAAACAAACCCUGGCUAGCCUGUAUUCACUAUACAGCCAUAGCAUUUGACAUUAUUGUACAUUUUAAAAAAAAUCUCUAUAAAAACGCAGUUUAAUUCUCUGUUUAAAGUCAUUUUCUUUCUCUUGAGUUUUGAGUUUUUUUUUUUUAUUAUUAUUAUUCUGGUUGUAGUUUUGGAAAGAAAAUGAAAGCGUUUAGGUUCUGGCACGGAUAAAGCAUUCACCGUGUCCUGUUCUAUGUGCUGAAUUCUCAGAUCCGCAAUAAUCUACUUCAUCAGGUUCAUGUUUUUACCUGAAUAUAAAUAAAACAGAAAAAAAUUUUGCUUCAUGUUUAACUUAUUUUUGUGCCACUUAAAGAAUUCUGCAGCAACAUAAAAAAUAUUUUCUUUUCA